UGACAACAGCAGGACUUGGUUCAGUAUCUUCAACACAACUGGUCUUUAACCUAAAAGUAAGUAGAGGAUUAUUUCUACCACAGACAGAGAACGUCGCUGGAGAAAUGUCAAACUACAUGCACAGUGUGUGUGUGGUGCUGCUUUUCACCUCGGGGGUUCUUGGUCAGUCUUCCUCUGCAUUAAACAAACAAUGGGAGGAAUGGAAAGUCAAGCAUCAGAAGGUUUAUAAUAAUCAGAGUGAGAGCCUGUACAGGAGGGAGGUCUGGGAGAAGAAUCUGCAGCUGGUGCUGAGACACAACCAGGAGGCCUCAGCAGGACAGCACACCUUCACGAUGGGACUCAACCACUUGGCUGACAUGACAGCAGAGGAAGUCAACGAGAAGCUGAAUGGCUUUAAGAUGAAAGACCCAAAUCAUUUUAGAAACUGGACCUCCAAGCAAGUGAGUGAUGCACCAAUACCCUCAAGUGUGGACUGGAGGAAGGAAUGCAUGGUCAGUCCAGUCCAAAACCAGGGGUAUUGUGGGUCAUGCUGGGCAUUCAGUGCUGUAGGAGCGCUUGAGGGCCAGAUGAAGAAGAAAACAGGGUCCCUCAUCCCGCUGAGCCCGCAGAACCUGGUGGACUGCAGCACCAACGAUGGGAACAAUGGCUGCUGUGGGGGAUUUAUGACAUCAGCCUACAAAUAUAUCAUCGAAAAUGGAGGCAUCGACUCGGAGCAGUCUUACCCCUAUGAAGAGAAGCGAGGGAAAUGUCGCUACACCAGCGAGGGAAAGGCCGGAGAAUGCUUUGGUUUCCAGGUCCUUCCUCAAGGAGAUGAGAACAUUCUGCAGUACAUUGUGGCGACAGUGGGGCCAAUCUCUGCUGCUAUUAACGCCAACCUGAGGACCUUACAUUUCUACGAAGGAGGUGUAUACAAUGACCCGGACUGCCAUAAUUACAUACUAAAUCAUGCUAUACUGAUUGUGGGCUAUGGUACAGACCAAGGAGAGGACUUCUGGCUUGUGAAAAACAGCUGGGGAACUGGAUGGGGAGAAGCAGGAUACCUUCGACUUGCCAGGAACAACAAUCUCUGUGGCAUUGCUGAGUUUGCAGUUUACCCUGAAGUAAAUUGCCUCUAGAUGCUAGAUGCUGUGCUUUAAAGAAAGCAAUAUGCAAUUCUUUUAGCGGUCUCAUUUCAUGACAAAGACGUUUUCUACGUGGUAAAGCUUUUAUUUGUCUUUUUUUGCUUUUCUGCUGCUUCUUUCUUUUCUACUGUGUCAUUUUGAAGUUUGAUUCUUUUAGCAAUAUUCAGGAAAAAAUUUUGAUUAUACACCGAAUUUGAUAUAUUUUAGUAGUUAAUGUAAGUUACUCUACAAUUUAAACUUUUGCUUUGUGCUUAAUCUGUCCUUAAUGAAUGUCAUAAUAAUGUAACUACCAAUAAUAAUAUUCAUAAUAAAAUAUGUGCACCGGCCUGCAAAGCA